CUAGCCAGCCCCCGUUUCCAGUCCAGUCCAUUCCGAGUUCCCUACCGGAGGACAAGCCAGCCAGCCACGCGCCGCCGCUGCUCAGCUGCUCGCCUGCCCCGCCUCCCCGCCGCCUGCUGCUCCCGCGCCGCGCGCCGCCGCUGCUCUCCCGCUCCGGCCCUUUCAACAGUCACUGACUCUCCCGCUCCGGCCCUUUCAACAUCCCACCAGCACAGUCGGCAGCAGCGCGAGCGAGCGAGCGAGUGAGUGCAGAGGGGACUGGGGAGGACAAUGUCGCUGGAAUCCGACGGCGCCGCCACCGCGAAGAGGCCGCGGCUGCCGGCAGAAGAUCCAUCCAUCCAUUUCGGCGCGGCGGUGGAGGCAGCCGACCGCAUCUCGGCGCUACCGGAGGCGAUGCAGCUGCACAUCCUGUCCUUGCUCCCGCUGCCGUCGGCAAUCCGCACGGGGGCGCUCUCCCGCGCCUGGCGCGACCUCUGGAAGCGCCGCUGGCAGGACGACGGCAACGCCGGCGCCUUCCUCCACCACCACAUCCGCCCCUGCUCCUCCCCGUCGUCAAAGAAACUGCUCGAGUGCCUCGAGCUGCGCCAAUCGCAGGGGCGGCGCGGCCGCCUCGACCGCUACUCGCUCGUCGCCGACAACCCCGCCAUGGGCGCCCGCCAGUUCGGCCGCUACCUCGACGCCGCCGCCCGCUUCGGCGUCGAGGACCUCCGCGUCGAGCUGCCGGAGAAGCCGCCCUCCCCGGCCACCCCAACAAAGGCCACCACCCUCCGCUUCCCCUUUCCGGCGGCGGCCGGCCCGGACCUCGCGCGCCUCUCGCUCCGCGGCAUUGGGGUCUCCGGCCUCCACAGCAGGGCCGCGCGACCGUGCUCCGCCCUCGAGGUCGUCCGCCUCCACUCGGUCCCCGUGGACGACAGGGGUUUGGCGAGGAUGCUGGCCCUGUGCCCUCGCCUCCGCGUCCUCGGCCUGCACUCCUGCUCGGCCCUCCGUCGAAUCGCCGUGACGGCAGCGACGGGGCGCAAACUGAGGAGCGUCACCAUCGCAGGGUGCGGCUGGCUCAUCGAGGUGGACGUCGCGGCGGUUUCUAGCCUCCGGUCGUUUCGCUACACCGGCGGUUUCCUCUCGUCAUUCUAUCUCCCGGACAGCGCCUCAUUUGCCGACCUCUACAUCUGCUUCGACGCCCAGAGAAGCUGCAAUGUCCGCAUCUGCCAAAAGGUGUUCAGCCACUGGUUCGAAAGCCGUGUAUGCUGGAAACUCACUGCCCUCACCAUCUGCAGCAAUGUCCUCUUUGUUGUGUCUUCCUUGCCCAAUGGAAUCUCACAUGCCGAAUCGGCCAAGAUUGGCGGCGACUUCUUUCGAAGCAUGACUGAACUACAACUGCUUAUGUUAGAUAUGAAGGCCCCUGAGCUUGCGAACAUCUAUGUGUUCCUAAAGAACAGCCACUGUUGUAAUCUGGAGAGGCUUUUCGUGCAGCUCCCUAGCAUCCCCAGUGGGCCCUUGGUGGAUGCAUCUGACCAUGUGCGGGUAGAGCCGCCCGAGGAUGUUUUGGAAAACCUUAAGGUGGUAAAGAUUACAAACUUCAACUGGAACCGCAUUGAGCUGCAGCUAGUGUGCUUUUUGUUGAGGAAAGCUAGCUCUCUCCAUAAACUUCUACUAGUUACUCCCAGUUUGGUUCCAUUGGAUGUGACUGGUAUUCAGAAGGCAGAUCUCUUACUUGUUGGAGAAGCUGUGGCAAAUGGAAAAAUAAUUCUCAGCAAGUUGGACGAUGCUGCAACCCAGCCAUUUCAUUCAGAUGUCUUUGCCGAAGUUUAGUUGCCAGUCACAAGUCCAAUUAUGGCCCUAUAGCUUGUUAUAUUGUAGCACCAGGCCUGCCUUUUGACUGCUGUGGCAUGUUAAGGAUCAGCAUAUGAUAUUGAUGCAUUAGGCUAUCAAUGAGGCAACCCAUCAUGCUGAUUUGUAUGCAACAAGUAUUGAAGGGGAUAUAAUGUCCUGCUAGAUAUAUUAUAAUGUUAUUCGUGUUUAUAAAACUCAAGCCUGCCCUCGAGUCAGGGGCGGUUUCCAUUUCUAUGCAAAGUUCUGCAACUGCAAGUGUUAAUUUUAUGUCAUUGCCAUGAAAUUUCUUAUGAUCUCGUUACAGAUGUAUUGCUAAGGGUUUGUGUGGCGUCCUGCAAUUAGGCCAUCUGGCUUGGUUAGACUUGAAGUCAAAAUCCCUGUUUACAGUAUGUUUAUCUUCUUUUUCGACAAAGAGUAUGUUUAUCUUCUCUAUGCCUUUUUGUAGGGUUAACAUAUGAGAUUUUCAGGUUUCCAGUAACCACAGGAUGAACGGAGUUUGUCUUGCGUACAGACUUCCCUGAUCAUUCUGAUUUCAUUCCCCGUGGAGGAUCAAUAUGUACAACUGUCUGCUUUGUUUCAGCUGAAGGGACAAUGUGUAAGCCUAGUAAUAUUUCCAAGAAUUGCAUAACAUGUCGUAUAAGAUGGGAGAAAAUCAAGGUACCGUGUAAACAACGAACAUGAUUUUCUCUCUUGCCAAGAAAGUAUCAAAUGCUUUCAAUGUCUUGUAAUGUCGAUUUAGAUUGUCCUUGAUGCUUGCUAUGUGGUUCCAAAUUUAUCAGCUUUGCUUCGAGUUACCGUUUCCUCACUGAACUUUAUGUGCUAUGUCUAUUGUGACUUGUUUCCCUGGGCCAUUUUAUGAGAGAGUUUGUCCUUUCCAAAU